AUGGACACGAAAUGUAUGAUCGCUAUAAUGAGCGACACAUACAAUGAACCGAGUGGUGAGGCAAUGGGAAUGCCUGCAAACGGACCGCACCUGGUCUAUGAGUGGAUGACUGGAAGGGAUGUGCAGAGUGUGAGCCAAUGGGAGGACGCGAUGGCAGUCCAGCACCGUUGCUUAAGACAAAUAAGCCGUGAAUUGUCUGCCAAACGAUCACCAGAAUGGUUGCUUAAGACAAAUAAGCCGUGA